AUGGCAACCUCAAACUCCAGCAGCAUCGCGUCCUCCACAUUCUACCUCACAGGCAUCCCUGGCUAUGAGGAAUUUCACCACUGGAUUUCCAUCCCAUUCUGCUUCCUUUACCUUGUUGGAAUAACAGGAAACUGCAUGAUUCUGCAUAUCGUAAGGACAGACCCUAGACUCCACGAGCCCAUGUAUUACUUCCUGGCCAUGCUUUCUGUCACUGACAUGGCCAUGUCCCUGCCCACAAUGAUUUCAAUUUUCAGGGUGUUGUGGUCCAUUUCCCGAGAGAUCCAGUUCAAUAUCUGUGUGAUCCAAAUGUUUCUGAUUCAUACCUUUUCCUUCACUGAAUCAUCUGUGCUCCUGGCCAUGGCCCUUGACCGGUAUGUGGCCAUCUGCCACCCCCUGCGAUAUGCUACUAUCCUCACCCCAAAGCUUAUUGCCAAGAUUGGAAUUGCAGCUCUGCUCAGGAGCUCCAUCUUGAUAAUUCCACUUAUGGCACGUCUAGCAUUCUUUCCCUUCUGCCGCUCCCAUGUUCUUUCCCAUUCCUUUUGUCUGCACCAGGACAUGAUCCACCUCGCCUGUGCUGACAUCAGAUUCAAUGUCAUAUAUGGGCUAGUCCUCAUUACUUUGCUGUGGGGCAUGGACUCCCUGGGCAUUUUUGUAUCGUAUAUUUUUAUCCUUCUCUCAGUGUUAAAAAUUGCAUCCCGUGAGGGUAGGCUGAAGGCUCUCAAUACAUGUGCAUCCCACAUCUGUGCUGUGCUCAUUCUGUAUGUGCCCAUGAUAGGAUUAUCUAUCGUCCAUCGUUUUGCCAAGCAUUCCUCUCCUCUCAUCCACAUCUUCAUGGCUCAUAUCUACUUAGUGGUGCCACCAGUGCUUAACCCCAUCAUCUAUAGUGUGAAGACCAAGAAGAUCCGCCAAGGAAUCCUACAUCUCAUUUGUUCUUCCAAAAUCAGUUCUAUUGCAAUGUAG